AUGGCCUUCAACGUCCUCACGACUAACGCGGUCGACCUACAGCAGCUACUCGAAGAGAAUAAGAUCACGAGCGCUCACAUCGUGGAAGAAUAUUUGGCACAAAUCGAUCGCUAUGAGCCUGUACUCAAUGCGCUAAUUUCGCCGGCCCCGCGGGACAAGGUCCUCAAACUCGCCAAGGCUCGGGAUGAGGAGCGCCAGAAGGGGCAAGUCCGGGGCCCAAUUCAUGGAAUUCCUAUAGUUCUGAAAGACAGCUUUGUCACAGCGUCAGAACUGGGCAUGAGCACCACAGCUGGAUCAUAUGCGUUCCUCGGAGCCAAGGCGUCAAAGAACGGAGCUAUCACUCAGCGGCUGAUUGACUCUGGCUUGAUUAUCCUGGGAAAGGCUAACAUGACUGAAUUCGCGGGCAUGAAAAUGACCAUGAUGAUGCCCGGUUGGUCUGCUCACGGCGGUCAGACUCUGUCACCGUAUGUUGGUAGGAUAGAGGAUAAUGAGAAGAUACUUGGCCACUCAGCUCCUGGGGGCUCAUCCACUGGUCCUGCAGUCGCUGUAGCCGCUGGGUUUAGCCCUCUUGCAAUGGCUACUGAGACCAUAGGUUCCAUCGUGACUCCGUCAACACGCGCCGGUCUGUAUGCGCUCAAGCCUACUACCGGAGUCCAGGAUACUACUGGGUUAUACACCAUGACGGAGUUUUUUGACAGUCCGGGCCCUAUGGCAAAAUCAGCAGCGGACGUUCGCGUUCUUUCUGAGAUACUACUCGGUCGCUUGUUCAACUCCCCACAGUUGAGUUCCUGGGAAGGCCUUUCGGUGGGCUUCCUAGACCCGAAAAUUUGGAGCAUGUCACCCGAAUUUUGUACGCAAUUUGGGGGUACAGCAGAACAAAUGGUAGACGAGUACGAACAAACGGUUUCGGCUCUACGAAAUGGAGGCUGUCCUCUUAGAUACCCAGUCCAUUGCAAGGAUCCCUCAGUCUUACCAAAUACUAUAUUGCCAAUCGCAUAUUGGGACUUUAAAAACGUCUGCAUCCCUAAAUUUAUCCGCUCGCUUCACGAGUGCUCCGUAACAAGCGUUGCAGAUAUCGUCAUGUUCAAUAAAGAAAACAGCGAAAAAGCCCUUCCAGCUCCAUUCGUCGAGCAGAAUGAUCUAGAAGGGGCAAUGAACACUACUGAAGGAAAGGAACAAAUAGAUGAAAUGAAACAGGACCUUCGUAGGGCUGCGAGAGAUAUUGUAGAUGACCUAUUUGACAAGGAAAAGAUCAAUAUCCUGGCAGCUCCCGGAGACUCCCCGUUAUGUGUUCAUGCGUCUGCUGCAGGGUAUCCUGUCGCCACAGCCCCGAUAGGACAACUUCGCUACAAUGACCGGCCGUUCGGUCUAUGUCUGGUGGCCAGGGCGGACGAGGAGGAGACUCUAUUGCGGUUCAUGGAUUUGUACGAAGAUGUUGCUAAGCCUCGUCCGGUUCCGAAAUUUUAG